AAUGCGGUAUAAUCGGAAACGCUAAUCUAGGCCUAGACUAGUCUAGAUUUAGACUCAGAAAUGGACACUGUAUUUCUAUUACUUGAUGUACUACUAUUACAAAUUUUAAUCAUAAACUGUGUCAAUAUAAAUCUUGAUGAAUAUAACAAGCAGUACAGCAACACAAAAUGCAAGAGCUCGCUCAUUAUAAACAAAGAUUAUUUUGUCAUGAAAGGAUCAGUGGAUUUCUCAGAUGCUGGUAGCUCAUGGGAUAAAACAGUAACUGUACAAACCCGAAACUCAAGCACAAAUGAUUUUAAAGAGAUUUGCCUUAUUUCUACAUCUGCCACGGAAAAUAAGGUCACACCUGAUAGCUGCUACUGCAACGACUGUUCAGGUGACAUUAAACAUUUCACAAUCAACAGAACUGCAGGAAUGCAGUACAGUAAAGCUGAAAUAAAAGUUAUAAUUCAGUCUUCAGAUGGUGGUCUCAACAAAAACACUAUUAAAAAUUUACCAGAAAUGAUUUCUUUAGAUAAAACUACAAGCACACUGUCAGCAGAUGGCAAAAUAUUAACACAUGAAAACUGCUGGCCAAAUUCAACAUUGACAGCAUCUGAAAUUAGAUUGUGUUGUCGCUCUGGUAAUGAGCCUUGCACUUCUGUCAUAUAUAAGAAUGGUGUAAAGUCUAGUGGUGGCAGCUGCACUGAUGUUGGGCUGAUUUCUUCUGAAAUUGCAAAUCUGACCUUUGAACUUGAAAUUUGUGGUGAAGUGCUCCAGACAGCCAUUCAUUCCUGUAAGAUAGAAGGAAAAACUGCUAAAGAUAAUGGGCCAACAGAUUAUACAACUCGGAUCAUAGUUGGUGUGCUUGUACCAACAGGCACAAUAAUAAUAAUAAUAAUCAUAUUCAUAUUCAGAAAAAAGAUCAAAACUUUGUGGGAAGGCUGUUUUAAGAAGAAGAAGCAUCCCAUUCAAAAUCAAGAUGCACUUCAUGAAAGAAAACCACUCAAGACAGAGGACAUCCUGGAAGCUAAGUCCCUAGUCGACAGACUAAUGGCAGCUGUUCGUAAGGUGACGCACACAAAGCUCACGAAGAAGGAACUUGAUUGUCUAGAAGAGGAGUUUGUAGACAUCCUAACCCAGAAACAACAGUCAUUGAGAAAAGCCUGCUACAGGUGCGGGUCCGAGGAGCACUUUUUCCAUGACUGCCCGAGGAAAGCUGAAUGGCAACGGAAACAGCAGCAGGGAAACGCCAGUUCAUCAGCAUUGGAUAGCGGAUGCCAAAGCAUGGGGACUAUUCAGGUCAACGCACUAAUGGCAGCUGUUCAUAAGGCGACGCACGAGAUGCUCACGGAGGAGCAACUCGAUCAUCUAGAAAAGGAGGUUACAGACAUCCUAUCCAAAAAGAAUUGAAAGACAGUUCUGAGAGACUGACUGAUUCAACUCUACAACAACAAAAUGUCAAUGCAAACAGACCUGAUGAUCAGAGUCAACCAGAUGAAAAUAACUAUCUCAGAGAAGUUUAAAAAUAGGCAUGAUAAAAAAUAUUGUAAAAGAUUAAAUGUUUAAGUGGACAUGCAAUAAAAAAUUAUUUGAUUAUGCAGUAAGAAGCAGAAAUAAAUGAUCUUCUUUAAAUAUAUGCACCACUAAUCAAAUAACUAUUAAGAAAGUGUAGGUUGCUAAAUAAAUUGGAGUAAAGGUAUUAAAUAGAUAAUAUACUUUACUUUUCUUCAGAUUUUCUUACAGACAUACUUGACUUAGUCCUCUUUAAUCUUUGAGGAGCAUACGGCCUAAACAGUAAUCUUUACUUUGUUUCCCUGUAGUCUUUAGUUCAUAGAGAAGACUAUGUUAUUCUUGGGCACUUUUUCUUUCCCCUUCCCUGGGUUUCCACUCAAGCACAUGUUGUGUCACAAUAUUGUGUACCUUUUUCCUUUACAAAUGAUCAGGCUUUUGUUGUUUUGGUCUGAAAAUUUAGAAGUUAGAAUAGAGCAACUAUUUAAUAGAUUACCAGAAUCUAGCAGCAAUUUAAUUUUACAAUUUUGAAUCUGUGUUCAAUAAAACAGACAAUGUUGUUGACAUUGUUGUAACCCAAACGUCUAGAAGUCCAAUGUCUAUCUUGAUGCAAUAGAAUGUCUCACUCAGAGUUGUCACUAGUGGCCAUCUUUCUUGUGUCUGUGUAAGUAAAACAUAGUAAAACAAAAAAUUGAGCUGUUUAUGCAUGCUUGCAUGAAUGUACACAAUAUGUUAUUAAACCUUAUAACUUUUUUAUUUUAGGUCUCUAAGUCAAAUUGUAUGUAAUAUUAUGAAUAUAUAUUUAAUAUAUAUUUUAAUCAUGUUUAAAAGAUAGAUCUGAUUUAAAUUCAAAAACAAAUUUUGAAUAAUAAAUUUUAACCAAUCAUUAUGUAAAACAGAUACCUUAUUUUUCAUAAUUUGCUCAUGAAAUAAGUAUCCAGUCUUUAGUAUAAUUUACAAUGAUUAAUAACUUGGACUAAAAUUAGUACCUUCAGUAAAAGGUUCAUUGUAUAACUGACUUCUUAAACUUUGAAGAACAUAUAAAAGUCAACUUUUGUUAUUCAAUGCAAUUACUGUGCCAACACUGUUAAGAGUUUGAAAGUCAGAUAUUUUUAAUGAAGUGUCUAAUUCGCUUUGUAUAUUAUCUAAUUCUCUGUUAUUUUUUUAAACAUUUUCUAUCAAUCCUUAAAAUAAUGUUUUUAUUCAUUCCCAAAAAAAAAUUAGCAAACAGAAAAACUUGCACAUACUAACUUUUUUACUGGUCAAAUUUUGUAAAAAAAGGUUUUAUUAUGCUUCAUUGUGCAUGUGUUCAUUCAUUGCUAAAGUCUUUACAUUAUACAUUUUUUUUAAUACAUCCCUUGCACACUUUGUUUUUCUAAGCUGUUUUUAUUUGCAAAUUCUUAUUGCACAUUUUUCUGGACACCAUUUUGCUUCAAUAUUAAUGUGCCUUGUUUGGUUAAUUUACAAAUAAAUUACUUGCUUUUAAGUGCAAUAUCUAAUAAUGAAUAUAUUGGAAUAAAAAAAAUCAAGUUAUGUCAUGAAGCUUGUUUAUGAAUAUUGAAAAACAAUUGCUUUAUUGUUUUAAUUACAUGAGUAAUUAAAAUUUGAUUUUAUGCAUAUUUUAGGAACUUUUAAUACAAUUUAUGCACUUAUUUUUAGCUCCAAAAGCUCUCCCAUAGGAAAUUGCAUAUUCAAACUUAAAGCGUAGUAUUAUUAAAACAUGUGCAUUAUAAAAUUUUAUAGUGGUCUUAUGUAUAAAUUUUCUACUGAUUACUGUAUUAUUUGUUAGCACUUUUUUAAAUAAUAAAAUAUAGCUUGUAAAAAUAAUUUUAAAAACUUAGCCUUACAGUAAUGUAAAUAAACUAGGUUUAACUAUGACCAGCAGAUAUUAUAAUUUGUAACGAUUAAACUAAUUUUACAUACAGUAUUAAUUUCUUUUAAAUUAAAUUAUAAUGGGUUAAAGAACUCUUUGAAAAAAAAUGAAACAAACAUUUACUGAACUCUAGAAACAGAUGAGCUCUACUGCAUCUGUUCCAUGGACUGUCAGGUUAAAAAGGGAAACUUAAUUUUUGCAAUAAAUCAAAGCCCUACGUAUGAAUGGUGUAGUAAGCUACAAUAAAUAUUGCUUUGAAUGUAUUAAUUCAUGCUUUAAGUAAUUUGUGUGAGUUAAAUGUAUAUAUUAGGUUUUGAGUUUGAAUACCUUUUAACAUUGCAGUGUGGCAAAACACUUGUUGCUAGGGCAACUAAAUUAUACUUUUAAAAGGUUUUGAUUCUACUAAUGAAUAAUGUAGAACACCAAAUGACACUUUAGUGUUAUUGAUUCAUCCUAUUUCUCUGUAUUUCUGAUAACUGUAUGACAACACUUUCAAUAUGCUUUUUUAAUAUGCUUUAUGCUUUAAAUACAUAUUAGGUUUUGAGUGUUAAUAAAGAUUUUUUUUUUAGUUUGGCAAAAACACAUCUUGUAGGUCAAAGCAGUUAAAAAAAAGAAUGAAUAUGUUGACAUAGUUUUAUUUUCAACUUUCAAUACAUGCUUUAGUAAAAUGUUUGUUUAAAAUUAAAAUCAAUGUAUGAAGGAAUCUAAAAUUAUCUUUACCUUCGAGUUUUAUACUGUCAGGUUAAUUAUUAAUUAUUACUGAGUUUUAUGAUUAUGGUGAUUAAAAACUUUUAGU